UUGUGUUGAUGUAUUGGUGUUGAGUUGAUCACAUCAGCAAAACAAAAGUGCCGUUCGAAUUUAUUUUUUCGUUGAUUUGUAAAUAUGAGAUUGAGUUGUUUGGAGUUUUACAAGUUAAGAAAUACCAAAUAAUGGAGGAAAUUGAAAUGAGAAAGGCAAACUUUCUACAAAAGUAUCCAUUUCUAGUCGAGACAAGCGCAAAAAAUCGUUUCAUAGGAUGUUAUAACAGUAAAUUUACAAUUCACCUAGCGUUACCUGCGUUUCCGGAAACUGAUCGAUCGAGCGUUGGGGUUUUCCAUGGAAUAGAGCCGCUGGAUGUUCAAAGUAUGCUUAAAACUGCAGAUGCUUUUGAAUUUAUGGACAGCUUACUUCAGUUUUUGGACAGUUAUCAGGAAAAAUCUGUAAAACAAGUUGACAUGAAUGUGGACUCUGUACUGAAGGUUUUCCAACAAUUGGAAUCGGUGAAGCGCGAUCAUGGCUGUAAGAUCUUCACAAAUUCAGACGUUUCUAAGCUCAAACUGUCCGGCUUUAAGUCAAUCGAUGCCCAUUACCUUGAAAUGGUGCGCAUAUCGGACAUCGAUUUCCAAGUAACGUCCCAUAGUCUGCCUGAUCUGGGAUCAUCGGUUGAGUUGUUCAAAUGGCAUGCAUCCCCGGCGGCACAUGCUGUCUCCUUCGUUCAAAUACUGGAUCAGCUGGAAGAAUUCUACAGCAAUCUCCACACACUGGACGAACUGUGCCACGUGGUUGAACCAGUCAAUGUGGACACGCGGAGCACGUGGCGUAUCAUCAAGUUCAACCAGAAGGUGUUCCUGAAGAUCACGCUUCAUCCUUUGCAGCCGGCUUCGGUGGUAGUUGCGUUUCUUGGACCCACCAUCGAGAUCGAGUACCUUCGAGAGCUUUACAAUGCCAAAUUGGACGACUGGGACCCGGAGAGUGACGUCUACACCAAUCUACUGAGGAUUUUCGAAAUCAUGGCAUUCCCUAUGCGGAUCGAGUUGACCGGUAAGGACGACGAGGCGAUCCAGUGCGGGAUUUGCAUGUCGUAUCGAGACGAUCAGAACAAGAUUCCCAUCAUAUCGUGCGACAAUGAGAAGUGUUCGCUGAUAUUCCACAUUGGUUGUUUGAAGGAGUGGUUCAUGUCACUGAAGGACAGUAGAACGUUCUUUGCCAUAUCCGUUGGAACGUGUCCUUACUGUAAGCAAAAAGUGUCAUCCAGCUUUGAUGAGUUGCUGAACAAUUUGGAUCUGAAUCGAACCAAUCCUACGUGAAUCCAAAAAAUACAAAGCAAACUUAACCAAA